GAAAAGGAAAAAAGAGUAAAAAAAGAAAAUGGCCAAUUUCAUAUUACGGAAAGCUGAACCCAAGGACGUCUCAAACAUAUUGCGACUCAUAAAGGAACUUGCUAAAUUUGAAGAAAUGGAAGAACAAGUCAUAUUGACCGAGAAAGAACUACUUGAGGACGGCUUUGGCGAUCAUCCAUUCUACCACUGCAUAGUCGCAGAAGUCCCCGAAGAAAAGCAGAGCUCUGAUGGAUAUACUGUGAUUGGGUUUGCCAUGUACUAAUUUACUUAUGACCCGUGGAUUGGGAAGCUGCUCUACCUAGAGGACUUUUAUGUAAUGGAGGAGUUCAGGGGUUAUGGCAUCGGUUCCAAAAUAAUCAAGGCUCUAAGUGAGACGGCAGUUAAAACCCGCUGCAGCAGCAUGCACUUCAUAGUGGCAGAAUGGAACAAGCCAUCUAUCGAGUUCUACAAGCGUCGUGGAGCCUCCGACCUCUCUCUUGAGGAGGGCUGGCGGCUGUUUGCUAUUGAAAAGGAAGACCUGCUAAAGAUCAAUGCCAAGUAGAGCUGUUAACUUAUCACUCGUAAUUGAUUCCAGUGGAAGUUGUCCCCUCGUUUGUUUGAUUCUACGGACACGCACCAAUAUUUUAAAACAAUAAACAGGGUUUUGUCCAA